AUGACAAGCAAAGCAGCAGCAGCAGAGGCGACCAAGACAGUUGUCACUGACAUCUUUGAGCCGGAUGUGCCAGUCGAGCGGGUGGAACUGGACGCACUGGUGGCACUGAAGAUCAUCAGGCAUGCCAGAUCUGCAGUAGCAGGUGCAGCACCCAUCGCCGGCCAGCUGCUGGGCAUCGAUACAGCCUCACUCUUGACUGUUUCCGACACGUUUGCUUUGCCCGGCGAUCACCUCUUCCCCUCCAGUCUCUCGACGCUCGAUCAACAGUAUGAUGCCUACAAGAAGCGCACAGAUGACUUUGACGGUGCGGCUGCUCGGGCGGUCUCCUAUACGAACCAGAUGCUGCCUAGGCUAGAGAGUCUGCACGCGGAUGUCAAUGUCGUUGGUUUCUAUACGUCAACCUCGAACGGUCAGACUGUCACUUCCAGCGGCGCGCUCGUCGAAGCUCUCGCGAGAUGGCAAGCAGGCUUCCAUGCUCCUACUUCAGGCAAGCGACUGGCCAUACGUCCCACCGACAACCGUCCCAAAAAGGGUGUCGCGCUCGUCUUUGACUCAUCGAGCGUACACGCUGGGACAAUCUCGAUCAGAGCCUUCAGACUGACCGAUGCCUAUCUCAAUACCUACAAGAGCGGCAAGAGCGAUGCACAAUCACUUUCCGAGCACGCUCUGCUCCCCACCAAUGUCUUGCGAGAAUACCCGGUGACCAUCACCAGGACAGCCCUUCUCACUGCUUUCCUCUCGACGCUCGUCGCUCCGGACGCUACACGAUCGGCUGUGCCCAGCCUGAAUGCGCCCCAAGCGAGGGACACGGCGCUACCGGCGCCUACUUUCGCAGCUCUUGCUCUGCCUGCGCCUUCGUCUACCCAGCCUGCAUCGCUCACCCAGCCACUGUCUGCUCUCGUCGCCUCGUUCGAAAAAUCGGUGGGCGUCAUGAACAACCUCAACCGAAAGUGGGAAAGAAGAGGCGGCAACAGAGCCCAAGAGACUUACCUAGACGCUCUCAAGGAUCUAGCGGCAGCAGACGGCGCAGCGACAGCUGUAGCCGACCAAACCCAACUCGAUCUCGUCAGAGCGUACGGCAUCAAAGCCGGGUUCGGUGCUUCAGCGUAG